AUGACUAGCGAUAGAAAACCUCCAAAAUUUAUUAUCUCAGGAGCUGGGAUAAUUGGACCAUUAUUAGCCAAUGCUCUCAAAGCUCGAAAUAUCCCAUUCGUUAUCUUGGAGAGAGAUACUUCCCUUGAAUCUAGAGAGAAGUCGGGAUGGGCCAUUACCCUUCACUAUGCCUUAGAAGCAUUCAAAAAUUUGGUUCCCAAGCAAAAAAUGGAUCCGUUGUAUGAUUCCCAAGUUAGACCUAACUUUCACAAGUCAGAUUCAGGAAACUUUAAGUAUAUUAAUGCUAGUACUGGUGAGGUUGUUGUAUGUAUACCACCUUCUUCAAGAAUAAGAGUUAGACGUGAACAAAUAAGAAGGGUUUUGUUAGACGGACUUGAAGUUGAAUGGGAUUCAAAAGUCGAGUCUAUUGAUUAUCACGAUGAUUUGGUUUCGGUUACAUGCUCUAAUGGGAAACAAUACACUGGGGACGUUCUAAUUGGCUGCGAUGGCUCGAAUUCUAUAACGAGAAGGUUGAUUGAUCCUAAGGAAGGUGGGCUUUAUCAGCUUCCAAUUAGGUUUUGCGGUGCUAGAGUUCAGUUGAACAAAGAGGAAUUCGAUAGAAUUUCUAAUCAUUUUGACCCAUUAUUAUUCCAAGGAACAAUCCCGGGAACAAAUACUUUCUUCUGGUAUUCUGCUUUAGCUACCCCAGAAUAUACAAAAGCACCCGAUCUUUACUACGCUCAAGUGAACCUUUCAUGGAAUGUUCCUGAAACUGAUGAACCUUUUGAAACUCAGGAACAAAAAGCUAAUGCUUUGAAAAAGCAUUCUCAGGGAUUGAGUCCAGAGUUAUCCUGGUUGGUAGACCGAGCAGUGCAAAACCCGGAAGAGCUUAUGGAGAUCAAACUUUGUGAUUGGGAAAAAGUCGAUUGGGAUGAUCAUGAUGGAAAAGUAUUAUUAGCACUGGACAGUCUCCAUCCAAUGACCAUGUACCGAGGAAGUGCUUGCAAUGAAGGGAUACUUGACGUGGCCGAAUUGGUCAAACAACUAGAUCUACAUUUACAGGGACUGUUUUCAUGGAAAGAUGCAGUUGCAAAUUACCGUAAUUCUGUUCAGGAAAGAGCAAGACAAGCAGUAUUAUUAUCCAGACAAGCAUGUCUAGAUGCUCAUGAUAUGUCUAAAAUCAAACCUAACUCUACAUCCCCAUUACUUUCUGUUAGAAAGAGUAAAUAA